UUUCAACGAUUCUUUGCUUUUUGUUUAACAAUGGAAUCAAGACAAUAUAAAUCAGAGCAAAUAUCAAUUACAAAUGGCAUCAACACUCUCAGCAAUAGCAUCAUCAACUUUAAUCCGUCGGAAAUUACCCAUAGUAGGUGCCUUCUGUGUUCUUACUUUUGGUCUCUCUAAUCUCUCUACCCCUUUUACCAAAACGGGUUUGGCUCAUUCACUUCCCUUUGCCCCUCUUUUGCGGAGACGGAGUACAAGUGUUAGUAGAAUUAGAAUGGAAGCUAGCAGCAAGAUUGCCCCAAGCAUUGUUGUUUAUGUCACUGUUCCUAACAAAGAAUUGGGUAAGAAACUGGCUGGGAGCAUAGUCAAAGAGAAACUUGCAGCAUGUGUUAAUCGAGUACCAGGCGUUGAAUCAGUUUACGAGUGGCAAGGAGAGGUUCAGACCGAUUCUGAAGAGCUGCUUAUAAUCAAAACCAGGGAAUCCCUUUUAGAGGCUCUUACGGAGCACGUGAAGGCCAACCAUGAAUAUGAUGUUCCUGAAGUGAUUGCCAUGCCCAUAGUUGGUGGCAGUCCACAGUACCUAGAAUGGCUGAAGAACAGCACAAGGGAUAAAUGAAUAAAAGCCAAGAAAAGCUUGUUCUACCUUGAGCCUGUAACUUAGUAAGAGUCGGAGACAAAUAUCCAUGUUAUUUGGUAUUUUCUGUCUUAAGUACUUGUUACUUAAACUGCGUCGUUAGUCUUAACUCUUGAUGUGAGGUCUUAUAUCUCUCUUUAAUAGUAUCUUAUCAUACAUUCUUGGAUGAUUUUGGGCGUUGCUUCUUGUAUAUAUGGUGAAAGAACGAGACCUUCAUGAGCUUAUGGGUACUUUGGUAUUCUCGGUU